AUGUUUUUUACAAUAAUUAUUUUUAUCAUUUUGUUUUGGUCUACCAUUUAUUUUUUGGAUCUUUAUUUUCGUCAUUCAAAGUCUUCAAGAUAUAUAAAAUUAUUGAGACAUUAUGGCCUUUCUUUUGCUCCUUUUCAAUUUCGUGUUUAUUUUACUCAAUUAGAGCACCAUUCUUCGCCCUAUUUUUUACAAGAAUUUGUGGAAAAAAUUUUGUCUAGUCCGAAAAGAACAAAAUUAAUUGCUUUGUGGUUCACAAUUGGUGCUUUUAUUUCUCUCAUUUUUUAUGUGACUACGCCUAUUUAUUUGCUACAUUUAUUACUUUCCGAAUUCUCUUCAACUUUUUUGUCUGAAAAACAAAAUUCAACGCCAAAAAGUGAGACAAUUCAACCAAGUUAUACUUUGAGGCUUUUACAUGCUCCGAUUUUUCUUCCACUUCAUGAACAUAUUAAUGCUGGCAUUACCCCCGUCCUUCCUGGCCUUAAUCUUCCACUUUCCCAUAUGCCCAUAUUUGUUGCUGUUUUAAUUAUUGCAAGUAUUCUUCAUGAAGCGGGACAUGCAAUAGCUGCAGCAAGUUCAAAUGUAAGGGUUACUGGACUCGGAUUUUUUGUUUUCGCUAUUUAUCCUGGUGCUUUUACUGAAGUAGAACCGACAGAAUUGGAUCGCUGUUCCUGUGCUCAAAAAUUGCGUAUUUAUGGUGCUGGAGUUUGGCAUAAUAUUAUUCUUGCCUUUUUUGGAUUUUUUUUGCUUUUACUAAUUCCUGUGAUAUUCAAACCUUUUUAUUCUAACAAUGCGGGUGUUGUUGUGACAGGUAUAUCUCCACGUUCUGGUCUCUAUGGUCAAACAGGCCUUCAACUUGGUCAUCAAAUUCUUCGUGUCAACCAAUGCAAGGUACGCAACUCUGAUGACUGGUUUGCUUGUUUAAGUGGUAAAAUCAGUACAAAUCAUUCAAUUGGAUUUUUGGCUCAAUAUCGUGCAGUUUCGAGGAUGACAGCUUCAGAAGAUAAAGUUGCCCGUUCAGAAGGGGAGGUUCAAUGCUGCUCUGAAUUUAAUGUUACAAACACUACACAUAUAUGUUUUCGAUAUUUAUCUCCUAUUAAAAAAAGCACAACACAACCACCAACAGUUCAAAAGCCAAUAUUUCCUGAAUUUCCAGAUUUUGAAGCUGAAUUCGGGGUUCAAAAACGUCAAAAGAGGGCAACAGAUUUAAAAACGCGUUUGCUCUCUUUAAGUGAAGCUACAACUCGUCAACCUAAUAUAAAUUUGAAAGAUGACCCUCUUUCUUCAAUAGAUUAUUCACAUGCUUGUCUUCCUGCAAUGCAAGUCACGGAACAUGCACAAUGCCAAAUUUCAAGUAGAAGUUCAAAGCCUUUUUCGGUAAGCAUCGGACCUUGA